AUGGCGGCCGAGGCGGCGGCGGCGGCGGCGCUGAACGGCUGGAGGCUGCRGGCCGCGAGCGCCGUGUGGGUGAGCGCAGUCUGGGAUCAAGAUUUCACAGAGACUGAGCCUCUGGAGUCCGGGAUUGAAGAGGGGAUCACGGAAGAGGGAUCUGAUGCUUUCACGUGGCUGUACCAGUCUCUGUCACCCUUCGCUGCGGAGGACCAUGAGAACAGAAAGAGCGUCUGGGCGGUGUUUGCUGAGAACAACCUUUCCCCGAACACCCUCGUGGCUGUGUUGCACCACUUCGUCCACACAGGCCAGCAUAGAAGAGCUAGUGCACGGCAGCGCGUUCAUGCUCUUCAGGCCGCCGGGUUGUACUUCUUACUGCUUGAAAUCCCAGGCAGUGUGGCUAACCAGAUGUUCCAUCAAGUGAUGUUUGAUAAAUGCCUUCAAACGCUGGUAAAAUGCUGGCCUCAAGAACCAAAUCUGAGGAAGAGGAAAAAGGCUGAUGCUCAGAGCUCUCAAGGCAAUUCGAGAAGAAACAGAAAGAAAGGAAAACCAAGCAGGAAGGAGAACUCCAAUAUAGAAGGAAUCUUUGGAGAGGAGGAAGARGAGGAGGAGGAAGAUGAAGAGCUUUACUUUUCAACUCAAGAUUGUCUUCAAGUUCGUGACUCAGUCUUCCUUCUUCUGAAAAACUUUUUAAGACUUCUCCCAAAGUUCUCCCUGAAGGAAAAACCUCAGUGUGUGCAGAACUGCCUCCAGAUCUUUGUGGAAAUGACAAGCUUUGAGCCAGUGGUACACGAGCUCGAGUUUUCAGCAGAUAGGACUGUUAAUCAAGCAAAGUACAUCCCUGAGCUGGCCUAUUAUGGACUGCGAUUACUGUGUUCCCCUCUGCACGGUACAGAAGAUGGUACAGAAGAUAAGAUUCUUCGUCGUGUCUUCCAGCGAAUCCUCAAUGUCAUUCUUAUGUUGGAAAGUGGUGAAGGUUCCAGACGUGCUGUCCUUACAAUCACAUCCCCAGUGCUGAGUGCUAGGAAUCAAGCUAUAAAAUUCAUCAGUUCUGUAGUAGAAGAGCUGAAAGAAGUUGCUUUUCCUGUGCUUCGAAUAUUACUGCAGCACAUUUGUACCAAGGUCCCAGAUAAGGCUGAGUAUCGCACAUAUGCUGCGCAGGCCUUGGUGAAUUUGCUGAAUAAACUCCCUUGUAUAGAGUUUGCUGACUUCAUUGCUUGGCUUUAUAAAUACUCACACAACGCCAAAACUUCCUACAGAGUGUUUGCCCUUGAUGUGGCUUUGGCUUUGUUGGAUGUGCCGGAGAGGACCUCGGAUAGCUCCUUGUCCCUGGACCAUCAGAGGUUUCUAAAGCAUAAGUUUUUAGUACAGGUCAUGGUAUUUGGCCGGUGUUCGGACAAAGCGCCUGCAGUUCGUAGCAAAGCUUUAAGCAGUUUUGCACACUGUCUGGAAAUGAAGGCUUCUACUACCUUGGAGAGUAUACAGGACUUGCUACAGAACUCCUCUGACCACACCGUCUUGGAAGCAAAUGCAAACACAGCGAGUUUGAUGGUUGAUGCAGAAGUUCUGUCCAGCCAUCCACUGAAGACCCUACCAACUUUCAAAACUAUUGAGUUGACAGAUAGCAACGAUAGUGCUGUGCUUGAUGGAAAAGAGAUCAUGGCCAUGCUGAGACUGAGAGCAGGGGAUGAGAAGACCAAUGUGAGGAAAUCSGCUCUCCAGGUUUUUAUGAGCAUCCUGAAAAACAACGUGAUUCCCUGUACUCCAGAAGACUUGUCCACUCUUCAGGAUCGUUGCCGGGACCCCGCUAUUACUGUACGGAAACAGGCCUUGCAGUCCAUAACGGAGCUGCUUGCGUCUCAGCAYCAUAAUGUUCAGGUACAGAAGGCCUGGUUAUGUGGAGUGGUGCCUGUUGUGAUGGACACUGAAAGUUCAGUCCAAGAAAAAGCCCUGGAUUGUCUGGAUCAACUCCUGUUGCAACACAUAAAGCAUUACAAUAAAUUCCGAAGUGACGAUGAAAAGCAGGUUCUGGCAUGGAAGCUCCUUACCCUCUUGACUUCAGAAAGCCAGGAGCUGUGCCGUUAUUUGAACAAAGCUUUUCACGUUUGGUCUCGGCAGAAUAAAUUCUCCUCCACCUUUGUCAAUAAUGUCAUGUCCCACGUAGAAACAGAGCAUGCUACACCAGCGUGGAUGCUGCUCGCCAAAAUGGCCAGUUCCUCACCCAAACUGGAUUAUUCCAAGAUCAUUGAAGCCUGGAACAACAUCGGCAGGCAGCAGAACACAAGCACUCAUACUACUGGACAUAUCCUGUGUGUCAUCGGUCACGUCGCAAAGCACCUCCCUAGGAGCACCUGUGAGAGACUGAUCGAUAAUAUCAAGUGCUGGCUGCGGGAGUUUCAGUGUCCCCUGGAGGUGAUUAGCCCAGCUGUAGAAGCUCUGCAGAAACUCUGCCAUGCGUAUGCAGAUGUCCCRGAGGAGGCACAGGAGCUGCUCAACCAGGUGUGUGGAGACAUAGUAUCCAUCUGUGAAAGCUAUAUCUCAAAUAUAGUCCUCAAGAAGGAUGGAGCAGAGCAGCUACAAGAAGAUCUCUUGGUGAAACAUCUCUUCAUUCUGGGUGAGGCUGCACAGCUGUGUCCAGCCAAGGUUGAGAAACGCAUCUUUCUUUUGAUUCAGUCCAUCCUGGCUUCUUCUGUCAACGUGGACGAGCUGUCUAGUCCUCUAACUGGUGAGGAAAUUCCAGCUUCUCAGCCCUUGUCCCAGUUCAGAGGAUCAACCAUGCCUCCGGUGGUCAGAGCUCACGCCUUCAUUACUCUGGGAAAAUUGUGUUUACAGCACGAGGACUUGGCAAAGAAAUGCAUUGCAGCUCUAGCUCGAGAGCUGGAGGUGUCGGAUGAUGUGGCCAUCCGCAAYAACGUCGUCAUCGUUAUGUGCGACCUGUGUGUGCGCUACACCACCAUGGUGGACAGAUACAUUCCCAACAUUUCCAUGUGUCUGAAAGACCCUAAUCCCUUCAUCCGUAAGCAGACGCUGAUCCUGCUUACCAACCUCCUGCAGGAGGAGUUUGUGAAGUGGAAAGACUGUCUGUUCUUCCGGUUUGUCAGUGUCUUGGUGGAUCCAAAUCCAGAUAUUGCCAGGUUUGGGGAAUUCUGCCUGGUGCAUCUCCUGCUGAAGAGAAAUCCAGCGAUGUUCUCGCAACACUUCAUUGAGUGCAUCUUCCACUUCAACAGCUACGAGAAGCACGAGAAGUACAACAGGUUCCCCCAGAGCGAACGGGCGAAGAAUCUCUUUUCUUUGAAGGGAAAAGAUAACAAAGGAAAGAGGAUGCAUAUCUACAAGUUCCUGCUAGACCACUUCACAGAUGAGCAGAGGUUCAGCAUUACAACAAAGAUUAGCCACAGUGUUCUAGCAUGCUUUGUGGAUAAGGUACUUCCACUGGACCUGGAAGCCAGUGAGUUGCUCUCGGAUACAUUUGCYAUCCUUAGCUGCAAAGAAAUCAAGUUAUCCACUAUGAGAUCGAAACCUGAAGAUGACGUGCAGCCUGAUGAAGAUGAAAUGGCAAUGGCCAAUGCAGUUAUGCAGGCAGCACAGAAAAAGCUCAUCUCACAGGUUCAAAAGAAAAACUUCAUAGAAAACAUCAUCCCUAUAAUCACUUCACUGAAGUCUCUGAUGGAACAGAAGAGGAUUCCAGCUCUAAGGGACCUCAUGAACUAUCUACGGGAAAUGAUGCAAGAUUACCGAAAUGAAAUCAAAGACUUCUUUGCUGUGGACAAGCAGCUGGCAGCUGAGCUGGAGUAUGACAUGAAGAAAUAUGAAGAGCAACUGGCAAGGGAGAAGGAAUCCGACCAAGACAAGGUCAAGACAGCACAGACAGAGCAACCUCCAUCUUUGGAGACAGCUGUACCUUCCAGCGGCUGGAAUAACGACGCCGAGUCUCCGGCUACUCGGAGACAGUCCUUGCCGGGAGGAUUGCAUCUCUCCUCUUCCUCCUCUGACUUCAUUACACCUCCGGCUGAUGUUCCGAAGCUGCCACCAAUUAGUCGCAGGCCAGUGUCCUUGAGCACAUUUGCCAUCCUGAACUCGGCCAAGAAAGCGAUGGAGGCCAGGAGCAAGCAACGCAGUAAGAGUGUUGGAGGAAGUUUGUCAGCAGCAUCUUUUCCAUCGAGCACAACUGGCAGCAAGCAAGGAUCCCUUCAAAGCCUGAACCAACAGUCUACAGGAGCGAACGUUUCUGUAGUGGGCCGUGCAAUCAGUACCCCGGAACAGACCAUUAAUGACUUGACUUUUGGUGCUGGGGUCAGUUACAUCAGCUUGACGCACACGCCAGGUUCGGCUACAGAAAAGAAAGAGGUUGAGGACCAGCCUAGGGAUGUUAUCUGUUUGACAUCACCAGAGAAACCACCAUCCUUGCCACGGGAGUGGAAACUAGAAUCUCCAGCAGUGAAAAAAAACAAGCAGCGUGUCCCACUGAGGCGGUCCCAGCGGAGAACUCCUCUGAAACCAGACAACCAGUCCUUUCAAUGAACUCCUGUACAGAAUCUUCAUCAUGUUGUCUGCAAUCUGUCUCUUUCCUCUGUAAUUAUAAAUCACUGUGGACAUAUGUCCUUCCUUCCAUAUCUCUCUCUCUCUUUUAACAUGAAACUCUCGUACAUAUGGGCCUGCAAAGCUUGCAUUAACACAUGUAUAUGUAAUAAGCUGCUGCUCACUGGAGUGUUAAAAAGCUCCAGUAUAAAAAGGAGGUUUUCCUCUUCCCUCACAGGAUGUAUAAUUUGUCCAUUUGGAGAAGUAAGAGCAGAGUGCUGCCACGAGCUUAGCAAUGAAUGUGUUUAUCACAGCUUGCAGGGAAGUGAAUGGCUCGGCCUCAUUCACUUGAUGCUGUGUUGUCCCUUUUGAUGAUAUACUAUAGUUGCUUUAAUUUUAACAAAGGUAGAACAGCUUGUCACUGCCACACCCCUAAAUCUGGUAAUUGCAUGCUACUGCAGGUCUGCUUUGUUGUGCAAACUCCUAUGUGUAUGAACAGCCUCAUAGUGUUAACUUUUAAAUGGAAUAUUUCCAUUUGUGAACUAUGU